AUGACUGGUGGAGGCAAUAUUAAAGUAGUUGUUCGAUGUCGACCUUUGAAUUCAAGGGAACUUGCAAGAGGAGCAACUUGCUUGAUUCGAAUGGAAGGCAAUCAGACCAUAAUCACCAAACCACCCGAUCAUAAAGGAAGCAGAGAUACUGAAGAUGUAAAAGCAUUCACAUUCGAUAAAUCCUAUUGGUCAUUUGAUAAAAAUGAUCCAAAAUUUGCUGAUCAAGAUACAGUCUAUAACGAUUUAGGUGUAGACUUACUUAAUCAUGCAUUUGAUGGUUAUAAUUGCUGUAUAUUUGCUUAUGGACAAACAGGUGCAGGAAAAUCAUAUUCAAUGAUGGGAUAUGGAGAGGAUAAGGGUAUCAUCCCACGCACCUGCUCAGAACUCUUUGAACGUAUAGCCAACAACACAGACAGCAAUUUGACAUAUCGCGUUGAAGUAUCUUAUAUUGAAAUCUAUAAUGAAAAAGUACGUGAUCUUUUGAACCCAAAGAAUAAGGGCAACCUCAAAGUCCGUGAACAUCCAUCGACUGGCCCAUAUGUGGAGGAUCUCUCUCGAUUAGCUGUCAAGUCCUUUGAUGACAUCAAUCACUUGAUGGACGAAGGUAACAAGGCACGUACAGUAGCAGCAACCAACAUGAAUGAAACUUCUUCUCGAUCGCAUGCCGUCUUUACCCUCUUUCUGACUCAGAUUCGACUCGAUGAAAUGACCAAGCUCGAGACCGAAAAGGUCGCUCGUAUCAGUCUGGUCGACCUUGCAGGUAGCGAACGUGCCAACAGCACUGGGGCAACCGGCGCGCGCCUCAAGGAAGGCGCCAACAUCAACCGAUCCCUCACAACACUCGGCAAGGUCAUUUCCGGCCUUGCAGACCAGUCAAUGGCCAAAGGAAAAAAGGGAAAGGAAAUCUUUAUUCCUUACCGUGAUUCUGUCCUUACCUGGCUACUCAAGGAUUCUCUCGGUGGUAACUCAAAGACAGCCAUGAUUGCCGCUAUUUCGCCUGCAGACUAUGACGAAACACUGAGUACCCUUCGAUACGCUGAUCAAGCCAAGAAGAUUCAAAACAAGGCUGUCGUCAAUGAGGAUCCCAAUGCCAAGAUGAUCCGUGAGCUCAAGGAGGAGCUUUCUCAACUUCGUGAACGUCUGCGCGUGUAUGCACCCGAAGUAGUUGAAGAGCUUAAUUCAUCUAGUGCGUACAAACAGAACGAAGGGUUAAAAUCGCCUAUGCCUACCCCAUCUAUCUCAAACGCGCACCAGGUGCUCGAAAUUGAAGACAGUAAGGGACAGAGGAAAAAAAUGAGCAAGCAAGAGAUUGUGGAACAACUGCAGAGCUCAGAAAAGCUGCUGGCCAAUCUGAACGAAACAUGGGAAGAAAAGUUGAAAAAGACACAGCAGAUUCACCAUGAGCGUGAAAAGGCCCUGAUGGACCUUGGUAUCACCAUUGACAAGAAUGAUAUGGGUAUUUAUACACCCAAGACUGUGCCAUUCAUUGUCAACCUGAAUGAAGAUCCCUUGAUGUCCGAGUGUCUAAUGUACCAGAUCAAGCCAGGCAAGACCCGUGUCGGUCGUCAGGACGGCGAAAGCCAGUGCGAGAUUCGUUUGAGUGGCGCUAAUAUUCAGGAUGAACAUUGCUGGUUUGAAUACGCUGAUAAUAUCGUCACGUUACAUCCUAGUUCCCAGAAAGACACACUCACAAUGGUGAAUGGAAUUCGUAUCAAUGAACCACGUAGACUCAAAAACGGUUACCGCAUUAUCCUUGGUCAUCACCACAUCUUCCGAUUUAAUCAUCCAGAAGAAGUACGUAGAGAACGUAACGAUCUGUUGAGAGCCAGUACACCUAGUACCGAACGCACCGUGUCUCCAAACCAGGAUGAUGAUGAGACGGUCGAAGUUGUCGAUUGGAAUUACGCUCGACUUGAAGCCAUGCGCAACCAUUAUUCAACAGAAGCCAACUUUGACGGCUUAAACGAUGACGAGAUUGAGAAGCUCUACGACGACAUUGGCAAGAUUCGACAAGCCCGUCGUAUUCGCGAUGGUCGUAGCGAAUUUGAUGUCGACGAAGACGAUUCAGCGAGUAAGCGACUAUCAACAGCGGCCACCAUGGUGGAUGAUGGUAGUGUCUGUACGGACGCUACUCUUGUAACUUAUUCGACCAUCCAAGAAAGAAUCAAAGAUGUUCAAGAGAAGCACCAAAAAGAGCUAGACCAGCAACGCAGUUUCUAUGAAGCCAAGCUCAACCGCAUGUCAACCUUGCAGUAUAUCCCCGAACCUUACAGUCAACGAGAGCUCGAGCUGUCGAAAAAGGUCGUUCAGCAGUGGAAGCGUCUUAGAUAUGUUGCAAUGGCUGAGGUCGUCUUGACUCAUGCAGUCCUAUUAAAGGAAGCCAACAUCAUCUCUCGUGAGCUAGAAAAGGACGUGCUCUAUCAGUUUGCGAUCAUCGAAGAAGGUUUCACGCAUCUCCAGUCUCAUUGGGAGGAGACUUCCAGUCUUCAACAAUUUGAGACAGAUCAAGACGAGAUGUUGAUCAAGACGCCCAAGCCAUGUGUUGGCAUUCGAGUCAUCGAUCGCAAGAAUCAGGUCAUAUACUUUUGGUCACUAGAGAAGCUCAAGGAGCGCUUGGAAAAGAUGCGUAAGCUGCGCAAUUUUAUUGAUCGACCACAGUAUCGCAAGCAUUUUAACUGGGAAGAUCCGUUUUAUGAAUCGCCCUGUCCCAAGUAUUCAUUUAUUGGCAGUGCUUCUGUAUCUGUGCGCAAUCUAGUAGAGCAACAAGCAUAUGAGAGUUGUGUGGAAGUACUCUGUAGGAUGACAGGUCAAGUGAAAGGCAAACUUCGGCUCCUGGUCUCACCUAUUGCGCGCUCAGGCACUGAGGAUCAGAAACAGGUGCUUGAGGUCGGGCAGCAACUGUUGUUUGAGAUCCGUUUGCUUGAGCUUAUCGGCCUGAGCGAGUCUGAAUUCACUCAGGUUCAUGUUCAGUUUCGAUUGUCUUCUUUUGGUGGUAUUUCAGUGCAGGCGUCUGCCGAGAAGCUAUUUGCGACCCAGCCAGCUAGUGGAUUUAACAACACGAUUGUGCUUGAUUACAGCCAAACGAUGUCUAUACUGAUCACAGAACGUGUACAAGAGGUGUUGAUGAACAGAAUGAUUUCCUUUGAAAUGUAUGGUGUCGCUCAACCUCGUGCGCUUUCACAAUAUGAACGAUGGGACGAUCAGCGUGAAAAGCCAAGACUGGAUGAGAUGUUGGCCGACCAUCGACCUACACCUGAAAGACUGAGCAUGACUAUGGAACGUCGACCUGAAGAAGAGCUGAUCUCUGCUGAACGGCACGACAUUCUGGCAUGGGUUCAGGUCUGUGAGCUGAUGCCUAAUGGAGAAUACACGCCUGUUCAGGUCAUGACUCAGACCGCGUUGGAUCGAGGCGUGUUUCAGCUUCGACAAGGAUUACAACGAAGGAUUUGUAUCACGUUAUCGCACACAUCAGGACGACAGUUUGUAUGGAACCGUAUAUCCAAGGCAAUGAUAGGACAGGUUCGUUUAUUAGAUGCCAAAGGACGUAUCAUCCCAUCCCCUGCUCAUGAAGAUAUUGUGAUUCGACUGAUGAAAAGCAAGAGUGAGGUGGAGUACAAGAAUGAUGGCACAAGCGUACUUAAAGCGCAAGGGUCAUGGGACUCAUCACAACAUGAUUGCCUUUUCCUAAACCGAUUGACAGCUCACAACACACGUGUGCUAUUGACACUCAAGUGGGAAGUGGAAGCCGAGAAGUGUCUCAAACCAAUCCAGUGCAGCAUGGAUAUUGCUGUCCGCAUUCAAGGCCGAGAUGCAUCCAACUCGGGUCACUUUAGGCUUUUUAAGCUACUUGGAUCCUCAACACGCUAUUUGACCAAGUGCAGCGGUGUCUUUCUUGUUCAUCUUCGACCUCCAAUGACACGUAGAGUGAGUCAGCUGUGGAGGUUGAAUACGGCCUGCAAAUUUGUGCCUGGUGAAGAAUUUUUAGGCUCAUGGAGACCAAGGGGUGUAUCACUCAUUCAUGACUUCAAGCGAAUCCGAGCAAGGAUUGAUCGUAAAGAACAAGUAUCACGAACUGCACAGACAUUGAUGCUUCAUACUGCGCGAUCACAGACGAGCCAUGGAUCAAUGAGUACGACCAAGAAUGAACCUAGUGAAUCACAAUCAGAGCUGAUUCGUAAAAUACUCCUGCUCUGGAAUCAAAAGUGGGGAACGGAUAAAGAGAUUAUUCUUAGUCAGGAUCCACCUAUUCCUGGUAUGCAAGAGAUUGAAAAAGAAGUAUGGAGCAGUAGUAGUAAACUUAUAUCUGAAGUGAAGCUGGUGACUGAGAUUGAUAAUGUGACAAAGAAAGGCUAUUUGACUUAUCAAGAAAAUGCACUGAAUGAUAAAUGGAUUAAACGAUGGUUUGUCUUACGGAGACCUUAUAUUUAUAUUUAUACAAAUCAAUUAGAGACAGAGGAAGUAGGCAUCAUCAAUGUGUCUACAGUGAGAAUAGAUUAUAAUCGAGCUUUAGAACAAAUGAUAGAAAGAAAUAACGUGUUUUCAGUUUAUACAAAUAAUAAUGCAUACAUCUUACAAGCUAAUAACAAGGCUGAUAUGAUUGACUGGAUGAAGAGUAUUGACAAACUAUUUACUAUGCCCUCUUUAAGCUAA